CCGCAGGAGCUCGUGGAGUACUCCAAGGCGGCCCUGGCCAAGGUGGCAUGGCCCGCGGACAUGCAGGAGUACUUCUUCGAGACGGAAGACAAGACCGCCUUCACAAAGGAAACAACCCGCAAGGAGGAGGGGAUGCUGCCCCGCUUCCUCUCGGGCAAGCGCAAGUGCUACGGCGACUACGAGCGGAAGCAGAUUCUCGAGGCGGUCGAGGACAUCGACUCGGACACCUUCGCGACCUCCGAGGAGCUCGACGCCGCCAAGGCUCAGAUCGGCGCCCUCCAGAAGCAGAUCGACGACAACGACGGCGACGACGACCAGACCGCCGCUUUCGCAAAGGCGGGCCUCGCGCUCGGCGUCACUGGCUUUGUCUUCGGCGCCGCCGCCCUCGCCGUGGCCCUCACCAAGAAGCACGCCGUCGUCGCAAAGCCGAGCGUCAAGGUCUCCGAGGCGACCGUCGUUGGCGGCGUCUGAGUGGCCCGCCGCCGCGCGCCGGGCUCCAAGCGCCGGGCUCUCGCCUGGCGGCCCGGCGCGGCGGCGGUUCCAUGGCCUCGCCCGCCGCCGCGGCCCCCCUCCCUCCCUUGUCCGCCUUGCGGCGUGCCCGGACAUGACGCCCCGCCCUCACCCCCGCUGACAGCGGGAGGGGACCUGGGCCGAGAUACGGGCGCCGGCAUGGCGGAGGGAGCCGCCCCGCUCGCCGCGCUCGCGGCGCCGCUCACCGCUUUGCCUUGGAAGGCUUCGGUGCAGCCGGUGGGGCCGCGGAGGCGGGGGGCUGGCACGGGAGGGCAGAGGGGUCGCUGGUGCCGCUGCCUCUCUCGCACUGAAGCGGGGUGCCCCAUGCGCGGCCGGAGGCCGUGAGGGGGCGCGCAGAUGUGAGGUAAGGUAAGGUAAGGUAAACGUCUCCACACAC